UUAUAGGGAAGAUAUAAAUAUUAUGAGUGACUUAAGUAUAUAUAAAAGGCAGAGGCAGAGUAAUGAACCUCAAAAUGAAGGAGAUACAAGCAUGAAGAAUUUGAACAAUUUACUUGAUGAUGUUCUUGUAGACAUUAUAUCCCGUCUCGAUAUAAAAGAGGCCAUCAGAACUAAUGUUCUGUCCAAAAGAUGGGAAUAUCUUUGGGCAUCCAAAUCUGAUUUUGACUUUGAGGAAGGAUGUAAUGACAUGAGAUAUUUCAUGUGUAUUGUGGAUAGAGCUUUUGCGUCUCGUAAUUCUUCUAGCAUAAAUGAAUUCCGUCUCUCUUGUGAAGUCGGGCAUGAUGAUUCCCACAUUAAGACAUGGAUAUGUGCUGCGGUAAAGAGAAAUGUUCAUGCGGUCAACAUUAUACUUGAUGGUGUUUUUGUUUUGCCUUCUUGCCUGCUCACUUGUGCAACAUUGACAUCAUUAUGUUUAUGCUUGCCCUAUGAUUUGAGGGUUCCUACGCCGAUUAGUUUGUCAGCUCUGAAGUUUUUGGUACUGGAUUCUGUUAAAUUUUCAGCUGAUAAUUCCAUACAGAAGCUAUUGUCCGGUUGUCCGGUCCUGGAGAAGCUGGAAUUUUGCGAAUGCAAUUGGACAAAGCUCUCUUCUUUGAGCAUCUCUGCCCCCAUGCUCCAGAGCUUGGAAAUUAUCGAGAAUUUAUGGUUUAGAUCAUCCAAGCAAUUCAGAUGGUUGUCACGUUGCAAUUUUGGGAACUAAUAACUUUAAGUCCUUUACUUAUUGUGGUUCUCUGGAAAAUGAGUAUUGCAUUUAUAACUCACCCUCGAUAGAAAAUGCACACAUAGACAUUAAUUACAGUGGUGGAAGAGGAAAAAAGGUUGCCUAUAAAGCACAUAAACUCAUGAACGGACUUGCUAAUGCUGAGAAACUAAUUCUUAUAAAUGAAAUCAUGAAGGCUCUCUCUGCUGCAGAAGAACUCCUUCCCCAGUUCCCUAUAUUCCGGCGUUUAGCUCAUUUACGGUUGGAAAUUCCAUUUGUGAAUUUAGAUUGUAAACCUCUAUUGAAGUUGCUGCGAUGCUCUCAUUAUCUCAAAACCAUCGAAUUCUACGAGGGAAUAAGUCUUUCCUCGCCUUUCAAGCAAGAUGAUGAUCUAUUGAAUCCAGUGCCACCUUGUUUAUUGAAUGAGGUAAAGAGCAUUAAGAUCAGAAAUUUUGUUGGAAAUAACAUAUCAUUGCAUGCCGUGAAGCUUUUGCUGAAGAAUGCGUUGGUGCUGGACAAUAUGACCAUCAUUAUUUGCUCUGAGAAAUUAGGGGGCCAGCACCGAAGGGCGAUCGAACAGUUAACGAAAUUACCUAAAGGGUCUGAAAGCUGUGAGGUAAUUGUUUAUUCAUCAUAUCACUAACAGUGACACUUUAUCCAGAAGCAGAACCAUUUUGAGGCUUGAAUUGCCUACUUUUGCUUGUAAAUUCUACCACUAACAUUAACAUGUUAUUAUCCUAUCUGAUAGAUGUGUAGAA